UCAGUGAGCAUUCCCGAUGCCGGUUUCUAUCAAACUAAAUAGUUUAUCUGUAGCCUGAAGGAUGUAGGGGUGUUUCAUUGAAGUGAAAGUGAAUAUUUUUGAUAGUGUAGUUGUUUAUUUUGUAAAUAUUAUUGUGUGUUGUUUGUUCUUCGUUUGUAUUUGCCACGGACAGUAUCAGUGAAUUCGUUUUUACUUAACUGUGUUACAAUGUAGUUCUCAGAAACUCUGUCAUCAUAAUAAUAGCCCAUUUCCUAUUUCAACUCGUGACUGUGUGUUCAUAAAAUUCCACUAUUUCAGUCCUAAAUGCAAGGAUGUAUAAUGUAUAUUUCUAUCAACCAUGAAUUGGUAAAGAAUACGAUGAUCAUAACGUCAGUUCGAUGAAAGAUAAGCGGGCAGAAUAAAAUUCAUAUAAUGUUUUUGACGAUACCUGGUGAUAGCUUCGAUCGUGUGUUUGUGCAGGAGUUGAAUGAGAUGGAUCGUUCAUUCUAUGAUGUGUGAGGGUGAGGGGUGAGGGAAAGGGGUGGUGAAGUGUCUCUUAUGAGGGAUGACCUCGUUGGCCCUGGGCCUUCCCAUCUUCAUUGUCACUAUUCUAGGCCUACUCAUCAACGGCUACAUUUUCCUCAUGGUUCUACUCAGCAAACAGAUCCAGACAGCCAACAACCUUCUGCUGCUGCACUUGGGUCUGAUCGACUCACUGCUAUGCCUGCUGGUGCUGGCCUCCGGGGGUGGGCCGGGUCUGGCGGGGGGGCGAGCCUCGUGGCCCGGCCUCUGCACCCUGCACGGCUUCCUCUUCACCCUCCUGCACCCCGUCGCUCUGUGGACCGUCUGCGGACUCAACUGCGACCGCUACUGUGCCAUAUCCGCCCCGCUACACUAUUCAGCACUCGUGUCACCUAGACGAGUGGCAGUAGGCCUGGGCGCAGGCUGGGCGCUAGCCCUGGUGCUGAGCGUGCCGCCACUGCUGUCCAGGGGCGCAGCCCCCUUCCGCUACGACCAGCGCCUGCAGGGGUGUGCGCCCGACUUUGGCGCCGGCGAGGCCGCUCUCUGGUACUCGGCCUUCUACACCCUAUUCACGCUCGUCGUGCCUGCCCUGCUCAUACUCGGAUGCAAUCUCAAGGUGCUGAUGAUAGCGCGCUACCAUCGCCACCGGAUCGCGUCGGCCAUCUUUGAGGUGACGCUGUCGGCGCAGGUGACCAUCACCCACCAGCGCAACCCGUUCUUCCUGCCCGGAGGCCUCGCCGGCAAGUUCAAGGGCCGAUCCGCCGCCACCAAGGUGCUGCAACUGUUGGGCUCGUUUGUAGUGCUCUACUUUCCGUUCUACGCAUGCGUGCUGUGGGAAGCUCUGGCAGGCACUUUUCCGGGCACGCCUCCCCGCCCGCACCCACACAUCGUGUCACUGUCCUCCGUGCUUCUCGCUUGCUCACCGCCCGUCAACGGCCUGCUCUACGGCGUCAAGAGCAAGGUGCUGCGCAAAUCGUUCCAGAACUACUGGCGCAAACAGAUGACGAAGAGCGAGAUCAACCAGGAGAUCCAGGCGCGAACGCCCAGUGCAUGCGGCUCCCGGCGCCCCUCCCUCACGCCCCUCGGGCUGCUGGGGGCGGCGCGACCAGCGCACACGCAUGCGCACCAGCUGCAGCGCCGGCUGUCAGAGGCGGCUUUUGGAGGUGUCGGAGGCGGCGGCGGAGGCAGUGGAAUGCAGCGGAUUGCGUCUGAGAUGGGGUGGCGACCGCACUCUACGUCCGGCCUCGCUUUCGACCUAGACGGCACUGGAUCCGCGCUGAGGGGGCAGCAUGCGGCUAGCUUCAGCACUUUGCAGGUACCAACCAACGGAGACAGCACAGUCGGCGAGGUGGGAGGUGCCUCGGGUCGAGCGUUCGGCAAGGACGAGCUGAUCAAGUCGCUCCGUGUGGCGGUGGCUCGCACUACUGCCGCCUCUCCCGGUGGAUGUGGAAGCGUGGAUGAUGGAGGCGGUGGAGGCGGCAGUGGAGAUGAGGGAGGCAGCUGCAGCAGUGGAUGUAGCAGCGGUCAGCAGCGCAAAACGCUCAGCGUCAUUAAGCCGGUACUCAGAUCCAGUAUCAGCAACACCUCGCUGUUCGUGCAGCGUGUUAUUGGGGCUACUGGCACUAUCAGGUUCAGUCUUGGUGACCCGGGCAGCUCAGAAAGACCAGUAAGACGAUCGCCGAAAAUCCUAAUCACGAGGGCUUUCUCAGAAGAAAGUGACCAGAAAACUCCUCCAUCGCCAGACAUGCCAGUUAGCAGGAACGACCUCAGGAAACACUCAAGCUCUGCAUCCACUCUGGUGAUCGGUAACCGAUGGCGCAAUUCGCAGACGGACGGCUUCGCAGACGCGGAUGACGCGUUUGUCGACGCAGAAGGUGACGCGAAGAGCAUCGCGUCGACUCUAGACGACAGUGACGAGUCAGCGCAGUCACCCGUCUUGACUACGGCCAAUGGACUCGCUGCAGCCGACUCGAGUCAGGGCGAGUCAGGUUCGAGUCAAGACGCGAGUCACGAGGAGAACGUGAAGCUGUGGCUGAGUCGUGACGGCGAGGAUCGCAGCACCGAGACCACGCCCAAGAAAGAAACCAUGUCGUGGCCGUUCCCGAAACGGAAAGCGCGGCUUGACUCGGAAGGACUCAGAGUCAGCGACGGAUCUCGACUCGGCGCGUCGAGUAGCUUGACUGGGCUGAGUGACGCUUGUUGAAUCGUUUAGUGCGGUAAUUGUGUGCAACAGUGAUAAUAUGGUGUAAAGAUAAUCUAUAAGGUAAGGUUCAAUCUUCGUCAUUUAAAUGUUACUUCUAAUGCAUGAUAUUUUAUAAUUGCAGUAAAUGAAUUGAUUAUUUAAAAUUCCCAAAUUAUGUUUCUAGAAUUGAUUACCGGUAUUCUCUAUUUGAGAAUAAUUUUGUUCAACAAUGAUAACCAUCAUUGAAUAUAAGAGGUUUUUAGGUGACGGUUCCAGAAUUUCAAUCACAGUGAAAAACUUCACUUUUUUACUCUUCUUGACACGUGGUUAUUUAGAGUUAUAUUAUUUCGAUUAAUUCAAUUUAUGAGAGUGUCAGUGCUGACGGGUCUAGAAUUUCAAUAUAAGAGAAAUGAAAUAAUUUCAUUCCACAAUAGUAUGAACGAUUUUGGUUGACAACCCUGUUUCACAAUCAUCUACUCAACCUCUCUCACUCAAAUUAUCCACAUUGAUUUUAAAAAAUCAUUUUGUGCUUGAUUUUGUCUGUCUUUUAUUUCAAUAUCUGCUAAGGAGCCCAUAUUCUGUUCGGACGAGUAAGCUGUAAAUAAAAUAGAAUUGAAGAUUAUGUUCCAUAAAUGAAUAUAAUGUGAUACUCAUGUUUGUGUUAUAUAUUUUCAAAAAAAAUCAUCCUAUGUUUUAGGAUUGCCUUUGAUAAUCUCUGGCUAUGUUUAAUUCCAAUUUAUAAAUGUUUAAGUUGAUCACUUGAAAAAGUAUUACAGAAGACAAUAGAAAAAUCAUAUUGCGAUAGGCCUAUAAUUAAUUUAUUGCCUUUUGUUUUUAAACUCGAAUUUCUAUCUAGCUGUUAACCCUGUUGUCAAUGUCUGCAGUAGCAGAAGUCUUCGGGGUGAUUUACAGCAUUUAUUUAGGAUUUUCGUUUAAUAAUAAUUAUAUAUUAAUUAGCAUUUGAAUAAAUGCAUUCUCUAUUAAAUUUAAUUCCAUUUUUAAACUCCAUUGAAUCUCUAUUACUUUUUCAGAAUUAUAAUGAAGACUUUCAUGAAAAUCCUCCAUAACUAAUUUUAUCUGGACUCAAUCAGUCAAUCAUUCAGAAUUAUACAACUUACAGGAAAGUACCACUACAGGCUAACUUAUGCUUAAAACGGUUCCAAUUCUAAUUUAUACAACAGUCCAAAUGUAGCUAGAGGUUAUGUGUCACUUCAAAAUUCUUGAACUUCAGUUGAUUAAUGUUAUUUCUUAUUCAACUUUCAACUCAAUUUGCAACUUAUUAUCACUGUUGACACUAACUUGUUGGAUUGUAAUUAAUGUGACUAAUUAACGUAUUCUAUUAAGUGUUAAGUGUGGACAUUUUUGUACAUAUUUAUGGCAUUUGUAUGCUGUAGGAUGCCCCUAAUCAUUUCCAUACAGGGAAAAUAGUACCUAUAUUAAUGUAGUCUACACGGUACCGUAUGCUAUUUAGUUUUCAACAAGAGGUUGUAAACUCGUAAUUUGGAGGAAAAGCUUAUUACAUCAUGUCACAAACAUACAUUUCCCGGAAGCCAUUCGGAAAAUGUUAGUUAUUACAGAGAGGACUGUAAUAUUAGAGUCGGGAGAUGGACAUGCAUACUGUGGCCUGACUAUGACUAUACUCCUCCCUACUCUAGUUACUUAACAAUAUUUUUUCGUUUUCAAAUAUUUCAAGGAAGGUUUCCAUUCUGAGUCGGUGUCAAGUCCGUAUUUCAAUCAUAUGAUAACAUCAUUUUAAAAUAUGACUAUCAAUAUUAUUCAUGAUUUGUACAGCGAAAAUGAAUGGCAUGAUAGGACGAUGAUCCCAUGAUGACAGUAUCAGUAUAAGCUUACGCUAUUACUUCUUUAUUGUAUUAUAUUAUGCUAUUGAAAUAACGAGGCCCAAUUCAUUAUGUCAAUUUUUUGACAAAAUUAUAAUUACAUUUUUUCCUAAUCAAGCUUGAAUAAUCAAUCUGAAAUAAUUUGUAAAAUUAGUUGAGAUUCACUCCACACACAGUAUCCAGCUCAAUGGAACCAACAUAAAAAGUUUUAAUUCUCCUGCUCCAAUUAUUAUCAGCUCCUCACUACAUUCACACAUUAACUAUCAUCCCCUCAUCAUUAUCUGUAUCUUAUCCUUAUCCUCCAGCUGUAUCUUAUCCUUUAGAAUUGGUUAUCAUAUACACGUAAUAUAGUAUCAAUCAAUUCAUCUACCAGAUAUCACAGCCAAAAAACGUCUAUAUUAUAUUUUGCUGUAACUUAUCCUUUAGAAUUGAUUAUCGAAUAGUAUAGUAUCAAUCAAUUCAUCUACCAGAUAUCACAGCCGAAAAAUAUCUGUAUUAUAUAAUUAUUUAUAUAUAAAUUAUUUGAUCAAUUUUUCCAUAAUCAUCUUCUGAUGAAACAUUGAUUAAUUUUGCUCUCAGUUUCUUCGUCCAUUUCGAAAGUUGCGAAACAUGUUCCUUAAACAAUAACAAAGAAGAACGCACACAUUCAUCUUCAUUCCAUAUUAAAUAUUCUGAGAUCAGAAACCCAAAUUUUAAUCUAUAUUUCAAAGUUUUCCUCGUCGUUGAAAUUUAAUUUUGAUGCAAUUUUACAUGCUCAACUUGUUAUAAAUCCAUUCACUUCUACAUCCACGUUGUAUAUUACUGUUAUAGCGUACUUCUCCCAAUAUUUAAUGAUUAACGUUCAAUUUCUCCUGAAAAAUAUUACAGUAAAAACCGUAAAAAAUGUUGGGUCCACAAUAUAAUACAUUUUUAAACGCUUGAAGACACAACGUUCUCACGGUAGGAGUAGCCUACAGCAUAUGCGUACUUCUACACUAUUUAUUUCUAUAUGUAUAAAGUUAGAGUUCAUUUCUGAAAUUUUUGUUUUGUUCCUUCACUCUCUAAUCUUUCUUAAUUCAGUUCAAAUUGAUUAUUACCAUUAUUUAGUAACUCAUGACAACAGGUUUCAGUAUUAAAAUUCUAGUCAAAGAAGAGAUGUUAGAGCCGAAAGAAAAGUAGUCCAAUGAGCAUGUCAAAACUGAAACAUUAUUUGACCAUUUUUGAUGGAAGGUGAAAAGUUACUAUAUAAUUUGUCUACGAGAAUAAAUCUUUUUUCUCUAUGUUGGUCCCCAAAAGCAUUGGCCUAUUUGCAUGAGCAUUACAAUAAUAAAAUAUUCGAUUGUUGUUUGUUGAGAAUGUUUAUCAAUAUUAAUGAUGAUAUUGUAAGAAAGUUCCAUCAAAGUGAUCCUCAGAAUAUGCUUCUUCAAUCAUUCUCUAACCAUGGUGAAGAUUACACUAUGGUACUUCUCGCGCUAUUUCGUGUAUAAAAAAUGAAAUAAAAUGAUAGAUUUCAAAAGUAAGCUUUCUAUGUGAUUAAAAAAUAUAUAUAUUCGUGUUAGACAACGUAUUGUUACCUGUUUUAUUUAUAGUUGAAAUCUAGUCUUGAUGUAUUAUAUUUUAAAAACUAGGAACAAUAUUAAAGACUUUUAUAAUCGUCUAGAUGCCAAUGAAUCUUGAGAAAAUGUGUAAUGUAUUUAGUUUGUUUGCAGGAAAUACUUUGGAAUCGAUGUUGAUGUAGAAUAAUAUUAGUAUUAGUGGAUUGAAUUUUUCUCUCCAUUCUCAUGUUUAGAUGUUUGAAAUUUUACAAGAAAACAUUCCAAUCGAUGUGUGUGUGUGUGUGUGUGUGUGUGUGUGGUGUGUGUGUGUGUGUGUGUGUGUGUGUGUGUGUGUGUGUGUACAUUAUACCAUAAUGAUGUUUCUUUUAAAAAAGAAACAAUACAAAAACAUGAAGUACCCUCUUUAUUUAAAACAUUUUGAAACUUUAAAACAUUUCAACAACUAGUUUCGGCAUUUUCAAGUUUAAAUUUUGUAGUUUUAUGGAUAUAAAAUUUUCCUCUGACAUUCAAUUUAUUACUUUUGCUACCAAAGCUCAAUAUUUUCAUAUUAUAAUUCAUAUCUAUAUAAUGAUUGGUUUCAAUUGAAUGUUCAGCAAACGCCGAUUUUUGAGUACCUAGGUAGUAUUUUUUAUUUCAAAGCCUGAAUAUAUUUGUUGAACCUUUUUUGAAAACAUCCAAGUGUUUGACUAAUGUAAAGUUUUUCACAAUAAUUACUACCUACAUUCCAGUUCAUAGAAGCCUGAUUUUUUUAAAUAUUCUUGUUGUAUUUUCUAUUAGAAUUCUUCCUUGUUAGUUCAAAACCAUUAUCUGUGUCUUGUAUCCUGAAUAAAAUUUAUUUUUUGUGAGAGUCUUCCUAAUUGCCUAAAGGCAAUUCUAAUAAAAAAUACAACAAGAACAUUUAAGAAAAAUCAGGUUUCUAUGAACUGGAAUGUAGUAAUUAUUGUGAAAAAUUUUACAUUAGUCAAACACUUGGAUGUUUUCAAAAAAGGUUCAAUGAACAUAUUCAGGCUUUAAAAUAAAAAUAUACUACUCAAAAAUCGGCGUUAGCUGAACAUUUAAUUGAAACUAAUCAUUAUUAUAUCAAUAUAAAUUAUAAUAUGAAAAUAUUGAGCCUUGGUAGUGAUAAUUAAUGCAAUAAAUGCUAAAAGUAAUAAACAGUAUAAAUUGAAUGUCAAAGAAAAAUUUUAUAUCCAUAAAACUGCUAAAUUAAUAGGCAUUAUUUAAUAAAUAUAAUUCAAUCUGUUUUAAAUAAUCCUAUUUUUUUUUGAUAAAAUUAAAAGUGAAAAUAUUAUUAAAAUUUGAUCAUUUCAACCAAAAAAUAAUGAAUAAUAAAUAAAUAAAUCAUUGAAAAUGAGCAUAUGAAAUACAGGCUAAUGUCUAGUACGGUAUAAUAUUUUUAAUUUUUGCAUUUUAACUGAAAAAUGGCCAAAGUAGGCCGAAACUAGUUGUUGAAACCAAUAUUUUAAAGUUUUAAAUAAAUAGGGUACUUCAUGUUUCUAUUAAUUUUAAUACAGUAGCCCAUACAAGUGAAGUGAUUUGCUGUUUGUAUGUAUUAUAUCGUGCUAUUGAGUGUAUGCCAGGAUAUCCUGUAUAUUUUUAUUGGAGUUUGAAGACUUUUGUAAAACAGUAUUUUAUAGGAAAUACUUACCACUUAUGGUGCCAUGUUAUUCCAACUUUGAAAUUUUUAUAGGCUAUAUAUCUAUAGCAUUCUGUUUGAUUCUUGCAUGAUGAGAUUAAUUUGCUUUUAAUACCUAUAUCAUGAUUUAAGAUAUUUUUGAUAAUCCAUGUGCAUUAAUUUGAAUCAAGAUAUAAUAAUAUGAUUUCUUAUUGAAUUAAAUUAUCUGUAGAAUAUAUUUUUGAAAAUUUUCCAUCAAUCACUGCUAUUGAAUACGAGGUAAUAUAUUUAGGACUUAAUAUUGAGCAAAGAAAGUUUGUUUUAAUUGGAAAAAUGAAUGAAAUAUCAUUUUUACCAAACUAAACUUCUCUCAUGAGACAGAUUUAUCUUUAGGAAGAAUUGUUGUUUCCAAGACGUGAAUUUAUCAUCCAAUCAAUUAUUUAACUUAUUCAGAAUUAUAAUUGUAAAUAAAAAGUUAUCUGGGAUAUUAUUUAUUAUUACGGUAUUAUUAUUUCAAAUAUAAUUUUCUACUUGAUAAAAAUAUAUACAGAGUCCAUUUUUUAAUGAUGACUGAGAAGAAAAGUUCUCAGAUGAAUUUCCGCCAAUUGAAUUGUAAUAAUCUUUCCCCUAGAUUAUUUAUUUUCCAGUCAUGAUUUUUUGCUGAACUUCAUUGUGUUUUUUUAAUACGGUGAAUCAAUAAUAAUUAUCAAAUAUCAGUACUUUCCUGCAUUUAAUGAGAACAUGAACUGCCAAAAUACCGGACUCGACAAGCUUUUAUAUCUAUAGUUUCAUAUCCAGGUGUGAAUGGGAAUUAUUCCACUUCUAUCGACUCUAUCAUUGUGAGAAUGUGAAUAUAUAUGUUACCUACUAGUUCUAGAACUUAAUCAGUGCCACUUAUAAUAUGAUCAAUUCAGUAUUAUCAUAGAAUGUUACUUAGUAUUAUAAUCAUGUAUCCCUUCUACCUUUUUUAUUACUCAUAUAAAAUGAAGAGGUUGUUAUCAUGAGAAGUUUCUUACCAUUUAUGAAAACUUCUGUAAAAAUCAAAAGUCCAUUCAUACAUUCAUAAAUUUAAGAAGAUUGUGUAAAUUGUAUUUUUAAAAUAGUUUACCUCCACAGAGCUUUAUGAGGGCAAUCAUUUUAUAAAAUCGAGGACCAUACCAAGCUAUGGUAGAAAUUAUUUUUUACAUUGUUGAAGUACAGUAGUCAAUUCUGUAUAGCAUACGUUUUGAUACACAAAAUAUGGACUUUUAUAAAGGUAAUCAGAUUAAUGUUAUGUAGGCUCAUCAAAAAGUAUUUUUCAAUUUCCGAUAUUUUUCUAAAAUGUUAUUAUUUUUGCAAUAUCAUCCAGUAUUUAUGGAGAGGGCACGAAUCCAUAUUAUUUCUUAUUAGUACCUCAAAGUAAAAUGCAUGCACUUUUAUUGAAGAGCUUCUCUCAACAUUAGACUUUUUGAAUCAUCAUAAGAGAUGACGUAGAUGAGUCUAAUCUCUUGUCAUUAAUUAUUAAAUUAUAUCAAUUUCAAACACUUUAUUCAUUGAUAACUUAAGAUCUAUCAAAUUUGUAUCAACAAUGAUGAUUAAUUAGUUACAAGAAAGUUAUAAAUUGCUUACAUUCAUAUUCAUUACUAUCUUUCAUGUAUUUACGUAAACUUUUAUAACUCGAAAAAAUAUUUUUAUUGCUGUACUGGAGCUGCAAUCUAUUGAAACUUUUACAAAAUGAAAUUAUAACCGCGUAUCCAAAAUCAAAUAUUCUCUCGAACAAUUUAUUGUAUUGUACUCGAGACAAAAAGAGAAAGAAAAACUAUUCCUUUUUAUAAUCAUCAUAAUGUUGAUAAAGAUCUCUCAUAUAAGUUUAAUAAAAUUAUCAAUCGAUAUUAUUAUAAAUUAAAGAUGUGUCUACACCACAUUCACAUUAUUUUCAUGAUAUCUACUAAAGAACAAAUUAUUAAUUUAGUGUAAUUUUAAUAUAAUUUCAUGUAUUUAUAGACUUAGGUAGUAAAAUCAUGUGUUUUUCGAACAAUCAUGCCAGUAAGUUUGAAUGUUAUCUACAGAAUUCAAUUUUCAGAAUGAUUGUUCAUUCUAUGUAAACUAAGAUAUAGGCUACACGAUCUAUUGCAAUUCAAAUGUUCGCCCUCAGCUAUAUUACAGCAUAAAGGAAGUAAAUUACUCAUUCAAUAAGUAUUACUUAUUUAAUCUGUGAUUACAGUGAGAUUCACUUUAGGCCUAACGGUUGGUAGUUCAUAACGUGAACUUCAUUAAUAGGGCCUGGGUAUAAUCAACAGUAUCUGUAGUUCAUAUCCAAACUUUAUUAAGUAGAUGGGUAUGUUAAAUCCUUGAACAUUCAAGUAACCUGAAGGGAGAUGUAGAUGAAUUGAACUCAAGAAUAAACAACAAUAUUAUUGGAAGUCAAGAAGUCAAAAUAAUAAACACAAAAAAGUUUUCGCAUUCUAGGAGGACAAAAUCAAUACAUGCAAAUUACUCAUCUUCCAUUCUAGUCUCACAAUGGAUCUCGAAUUCCUCUCAAGUUUUCUGAGUGCUUCAAAACUGAAAUCAUCAACAAAGUCAAUUCUGUUCUACCUUAUUUCUCGGCGAAUAAUCUCCAAAGUAUUGGCUCUCAUGAUGAAACUUAUGCAUUAAGCGCAGAGCUCCACCGGAAUUUGUAUUCUAAGCAUUCAGAAAAGUCCACCAUCCAAUAAUUUCUCCCUUUCUUCUGGUUGGAUUAGAGGCGAAGAAAGAGUCAUCUGGAAUAUUGUAGGAAUAGAAUCUGCAUAGUGAACAAUCGAUUCUAGUAUAGGACUGAGUUUUGGAAAUUUUAGGGUAAGAAAAGUCUAACUAGAAAAUGUUGACUAUGUAGUGUAUCUUUGACGACUUGUAUCAAUACAAAUAAGAAAAAAUCACAAGACGUGUACCAACUACGUACGAGAAAUAAGAAAUUUGAUUUAUAUGAAGAUUGAAUUUCAAUAGAUGUCGGAUUCAAGUUUAUUGAUUGACAUUUUUAUAACAGAAACUAAACUUUUGUUCCUUACAACCUCUUCUCUCACUCUCAGCCUGUAACUUGAAAUGUAGAGCUCAUCGACUCUCAGACAUCCUCAUGAGUCAACCAACUCCUGGAAGCGAGGCUUUCAAAUUUUCGUCCACAUUAUUCCUUUAAUCAACAUGAAAAAUGAGCGAAAUUCCCUCAUCAUAGCUCGAGAGAAGAGGAAGUGAGUUGGGAAUUCGCAUGCCUACUGAAAUAGGCUCUCGUCACUCAUUUUCUGCUGUGAAAUGACAGAAGCAGCUUCAGAAUAAUUUUGGAGAGAGUCUCUAGAAUUUAUCCCAUUCUGAACCUCAAUAUAAUUGAAAUAUUCAUCAUGGAUUCAGUUUUUCCAUGCGUUUGCUAUGCAUGACUGGUCGACCAGAAUCCUUUAAAUAUCAUGAAGAAUAAUGAACGUGUUAAUCAAGUAGAAAUGGGAAAUAAUUUGAAUUAAUCAUAUUAUUCAAGUUUUUCCAGUAAGGACGAAGGAAUUUUUUCAAGAAUGGAAAUUAAAUUAAGAUUUAGACCCUUGAUAAUGGCAUAACUCGCCGAAACUGGUCGUAUCUUCGAAAAAUAACAAACGGUACUACUGUAGUAGUUCUAUUAAAAUAACUAUCAAUUUGUCUCAUAGAAAUAAAUAAAAAAUGAAAUAAAAUAAUUUAUUCCAAAUACUAAUUUAUAUUUUCAAAUAGCCUAUUGUAGGCCCACUAUAAUAUAUUUUAUCGCCCUAAUUUAAUGCCCUAAUGAAUCAUGAAAAUUGAUCAACAGCAAAAUUGAAAACAAAAACUUGUGUGGUAAUGAUUUCCAAGUCUUGAAAAAUUUAAGAUAGACUAUACUAUUGGAAUAGAUUUAUAUGUGAGUCCAGUAUUAUCAAACUGAUUUUCUCCUCAAAGAUGAUUUUAUCGGCAAUAUUGUAAUAAUUAUAUGAUGAUAUGAAUCGAAAUCAAAUAUAUCACAAAUCAAAAUUAGACUUCCACCUAUUAUUCUAUUGAUUCAAACAAUAAGUACCUAUAUAUAUCAUAAAAAUGAAAGCGAGAGAAAAAUAAGGUAACCUAGUGCUAUCCCUCUCCCAAAUUUAGAUAAGGUUACACAUAAAUAAGAGGCUACAUUUUGGAUAUACCUUCUAGAAUAUUAUAUUCAAUAUCAAGAGGCCAAUCAAAAUUUUCCCUAUUUCGAACAAUAAUAUUAGGCUAUAAUAAUAUUAAAAUCAUUUAUGUUUGUCCUAAUUACAAUCUUUUUGAUUUUUUUUGUUUGGUUAACGAAUUCAUAUGUCGACACAAAAACAAAUAUUCUAUAUUUUUUUCAUGAAUUAAACUAUUUAAAAUCGAUGGAUAAAAAGAUAUAUUAGUGUUUUAUCUAUUAUCAGUGAUUGUAUGUAUAUAAUAAAGAUGGUAUCGAUCUCAUAUUUAUGUAGCCUCUUACAGGCUGCACAUCAUAAGUGUACAGUUAUAUCAAUAAGAUAUUUUAUUUGAAUUGAUGUGUUGGAAUGUAAUAUUGUACAUAAAACGUAUUCAUGUAUGUGUGGCAGAUAAUUUUAUGUGUGCUGUUACAUGGUUUAUUUGUGAGGUGUCACAAAUAGGCAUUGUUGAUAAAAAUAUAGAACUACGUUGAAGAGAAAAUAUUAUAUGAAUAUGAAGAUGUAUUUAUAGUAAAUGUUAUAUUUGAAAUAA